AGCUAUUCUUAGGCUGUCUGUCCAGUUCAUCUGAGCAGAGGCUGUUUGGUACGUGCCCCGCCCCCUCCCAAAUCCAUUUUCCCCAUCCAUUUGGAGAAAUUCUGUUGCUUAAACAAUACAAAGGCUUUUUUGAACAAUGACUUCGUACAACGUGUCACUCUCUGGACCUCCACCUUGGGGCUUCCGGUUGCAAGGAGGCAAGGACUUCAAUAUGCCCCUCACCGUUUCUAGGAUUACACCGGGGAGCAAGGCGGCCUCCAGCAAUCUGAUCCAGGGGGAUAUCAUCGUGGCCAUUGAUGGGGUCAGCACAGACGGGAUGACACACCUGGAGGCCCAAAACAAGAUCAAGUCUGCCAACUUCAAUCUGGCUCUCACCAUGCAAAGGUCAAAGCGACCCACCCCAGUUCCAAUUGCCACACCAAGAAUUGAAUCUCCGAUGCCUGUGAUUCCUCAUCAGAAGGUUAUUACCCACGCUCCUGCCAACAAUGAGUUCCUGCCCAGCUUCAACCCUAUAGCACUGAAGGACACUGCCCUCUCCACCAACAAGCCCAUCGAGGUGAAGGGGCCUGGAGGAAAGGCCACCAUCAUCCAUGCCCAGUACAACACCCCCAUCAGCAUGUACUCCCAGGAUGCUAUAAUGGAUGCCAUCGCUGGUCAGUCCCAGGCCAGGGGUAGCGAAAUGUCCGGCAAUGAAACUGACUCACAGCUAUCUAAUCUGCCAGUUAAAGAACGUGUUAUAGACAGUGCUUCCCCAGUGUAUCAGGCUGUCAUCCCCAGUGAAAUCGAUCAACUUGGGCCCGCUGAUUGGGCCAGAAGAGCCGCCCAGCUGCAGUCCAAGUCCUUCCGCGUCCUCGCCCACAUUACUGGAACUGAAUACAUGCAAGACCCUGAUGAGGAAGCUCUGAGAAAGUCAAGGGAAAGAUUUGAAUCUGAAGCCAAAGGCCCCCGUUUUGCUAAACUGAAAAACUGGCACAAUGGCCUGUCGGCACAAAUACUCAACGUGCCUCAGUAAAGCACCCCGACAUAUAGAGAAAGUUUAGAAAGGUGGCAUAGACAGACUGCAGUACUGAAGUAAGAGGAAAGUCAAAGCAUGUGAGAGGAAAGCAGAGAAGAUGAAGAUGAGUGUCUGUUGUGUUGUUUGACAGAUCACUACAGUUUUGAGUUGUUCACUCUAUAGUAUAGAUUUAGGAAUAGUUGACGAGAAUGUAGCCACCAUUUAACUUCUCUCUUUUGUGCUGGCUUGAUUGCUUUUUGGAUGGUUGUUGAGAACACCAUUGCACUUGUAUAUUAGAUCCAUCAAAUAAAAGAAAUGUGAUCAAACUAA